AUGCUAUGCGGCGCCCAGGGCCUCGUGAUUCCACCCACCCACGAAGAGCGGGUGGCCGAGCGCGAGCGCCUGCGGCAACAGAUCGCCGCGCUGCGGCCCGGGGACCACGAGUCCCUGGCGAAGGUCCUCGAGCCGCGGUCGCUUGGCGCGGAGAAGAUGGCCGGGCGCGUGCGGACUGCCCUGGAGGUGGCGAUCCAGCACGAGCCGGCGCUGCAGCAGCGCCUCCUGCGGCUCGGUUUCGCGAUCAUCGACGCGCGCAUGAGCAAGUGCUUCCAGCGGUGCCGCAUCCAAUGGAGGAGCUACGAGGGGAAACAGGAGGAAUGCGAGCUCGUCCUCAACGCAGCCAUGUCGACCAUCAAGUCCAUGGCGUCGAAGCAGCUCCGCUCGAAACGCAUGCCGCGCGUCGACCUAGAAUAUAGCGAUCCGAUGGCUGGGCCGUGGUUCGACGAGCUGCAACGCGAGCGCGAGGAAGCCCAGCGGUCGCAGAAGUGGCGGGCAACGCAGGCAGCGAUGCAAGGCGGCCCGACGCUCGAGCAGGUCGUGGCGCGCUUCGUCGACGAGGAGCAGGACCGGGACGACUGGGCGCGCGCUGCGGACCAGCCACGGCACUGGGGAUGGCAACACCCCCCCUCCCUGAUGCGCGGGCUGGGCCUCGAGGCGAGGAGCGGGGGACUCUUCCGGGACAUCCCCAUGGAGGUGCUGGUCAACAUGGGGAGCGGCGCGCUGGCGCGGGAACGCCGCGUGCGCAUGCGCGCUGCGCGUGAGGAGCGGCUUCGACGCAGGCGAGCUGCGCAGAGCACGCAGGAAGGCGCUGACCGCGACGACGACGACGACUAG